AACCCAAAAUUUGAAGGGAAAAAAUAGACAAAAAGAAAGGUUAUUUUCAUCACUGAAAUUGAGGGAACAAAUUAUAUACUCCUGUGAUCUGGCGUUUCACACGUGUAAAAAGCUCACACGCUUUAGUUGUUGUCUGACAAUUUUAAUAAAAACAUAACUGCAACAUUGUAACAACCAGCAGAUGCCACCAGCUUUCUGUUGUGCUUGUUUUAGUAUCUCUUAAUCAAACACCAAUUUUAAGGUUGUUGAAUAAUCCUUUUUGUUCUACCUCAGGUUCCACCGCUCCAUGACUGUCUGCACUCAUUCUCAGUGAUGGAAGAAAAGGGAAUGUUCAUCGGCGUUUCGUGCGCGCUUUUCGCUCUACGCCUACUGUCGGAUCCCGAAAUCUGCGACGAGAGAUGGUCGGAAAUAAGAGAUCGAAUGCUCAAAGGCAGCGCCCUCGUCGGAUUGCUUGUUUGGACAGUUCAAAGAAACGUCGUCACAGUCGAAAACGCGAAGCUUCUUUCGAAACUGGAGAUUGCGCAGAUGGAGAUAGCAGAGUUGAAGAAGAGAAGAAGCGAAGACGCCAAGGCCAAUGAGAAAGUGGUGAGCAUCUUCGCCGCCAGAGAGCAGAGCUGGUUUGAUGAGAGGAGGAAGCUCAGCCAUCAGAUUUUCAAUCUCAUGAAUGACUUGAAAGUUGUGGAGGCGAAGAGAGAGACGUCUGUCACCGAAUUGGGCGACAAAAUGAAUGAAAUUGAUGUAAUUCUGCAGUUGAAGGAUAAGAUGAUCGAAGACGCGGAGAGGAGGAGGUUGGAGAGCGAGGAGAAGCUCAAGGCUGCUCAGGAUCUUGCUGAGGAUUUGAGGGGGAGUUUGAAGAGCCAUUCUUCUGAGAUUUCGAAGCAUAAGGCUGCGAUCGUCGAGAUGGAGGCGGAGAUGGGGCGGAGUAUUAGGCAGGCCGAGACGGUGGUGGAGGAGAAGGAGCAGCUGGUUUUGGUGAAUCAGAGGCUGUCGGUGGAGAUUGUGAGAUUGCACAAGGAUUCGGAGAGGAGGUCUAAUUUGGAUGCAGCGGAGAAGCAGAUGCUGUUGAAGGAAGUGAGGUCGUCUAAGGUUAGGAGGAAGCAAGCUGAGGUUGAAGCAGCAAGAUGGAAAGCUGUUGCAGAGUCUAAACAUGAUAGAAUUUCAUUGAGGAAUAUGUUUUUAAAGCAUUUCAAUCCCUACUUGACUCGAGCAAUUCAAGAAUCAAGAGCUGAGCAGAAGCAUAGUGUUGAGAUGUAUGCUGUUUUGGAGCAACUGAGGCAGAAGGAUGAGAAGCUGGAGGCCUACAACUGGCGAUUGAGGAGCUCAGAGCUUGAAUCAAGGCGACUGCAGUCGCAUAUUCAAGUGCUUGAUCGCGACAUUGCACAUCUCAGGCAGGAUACCACCAAGUUGGAGGAGCAGCUGAUUACGCGUUCUGCGCCUCCAGAUCCUCGUAGGCUGAGCUGCAAUACUCCAGGGGAUGAUACAGUUUGGUCGAAAGUAAAGGUGGUUAAGCGAAAACCAGGACACGCGAUGGUCAAGGCAGACGAAGCAGCAGCCUCAGAGAAUGAGCUGCAGGAUAUCGUUUUGACACUCGAACAAGGCCAAGCUUCAACCAAAACUAAUUGUACAUGGAAGAUGGAUGUUCAUGCUCUUGGAGUCUCAUACAAAGUGAAGAGACUUAGGCAGCAGCUCUUGGUGCUGGAGAGGCUGGCUGGGAAGGAAAAGGCUUCAGAAAGUGGUGAAAGCAACGCGCGAGUGAAGGGAUUCUGCGCACUCAUGUCGCUCCUCAACAAGCAAGUCGAACGAUACCACUCGCUGCAAGGGAAAAUUGAUCAACUCUGCAAGAGGAUGCAAGAGAAGAAGGUGAAUAAUUCCAAGUGUGGAGAGGAUGAAACCAAAAGGAUGGAGCACUUUCUUGAAGAAACAUUCCAACUGCAGAGGUACAUAGUUGCAGCAGGGCAGAAACUAAUGGAGCUACAAUCCAUGAUUGCAUCUAAUCUUGUUGCUGAGACAGAGGACAUUGAGAAGCAUGGUAGCUUCGACAUCGAGAGAUUUGGCGACAGUUUGAAGACGCUCUUCCGUGAAACUCAGAGGGGGAUUGAGGUUCGGAUAUCUCGAAUCAUAGGUGAUCUCGAAGGAACUCUGGCAAGAGACGGUUUCACCACAUGGCAGAAACUGUAAAAAUAUUGCUAGAAUUGAUCUGAGGCUUUCAUAGUUUUCUCAACUAAUAAUGUAGGGUUUCUGUUCACAAAAAUGUGCGCAGAUUGAUGGAGUUGCUAACUUACUACUGCAUUGUAUAUGUAUCAUUAACUUGUUGAGAAAUCAGGAAUUCAAGAAUGGCAAAUGCUAGUUCUCAAUUGCAAUU